AUGCUAGAACAGGACAAGGUGGAAAUUUCAGAGACAAAUAAGGUAUUGGUAGCUGAAGACCUGUGUCUUUCUGUGGCCCAGGCUCUUGAGUUUCCACCAGUGACUGCAAAUCUUUUUGGACUCUAUGACCGGAAGAUGAAACUGUGGAAAUCCCCAUCAGACAUAGUAGAGGUCACGAAACAUACUGUGACCGACUUGUACUUCUUAGUUCGGUUCCAUGUGGUGGAUUUGUCACGAAUCAUUAGCUUGUGCAAGGGUGAAAAGAUGCUGAAUUAUUACUUUCAUCAAGCACGUCGGGACUUCCUGGAUGGAUUCAUAGAGGAAGUGUCUAGGCGAGUGGAUGAAUUCCUAGGCUUGAGUGUCACAGAUAUGUACAGAGUGCAUUUGGAGAGAGGAACGUCUCCUGAUGCUAUCUGCAGGGACUACAGGGCCUAUAUCCCAUCUGACAUCAACAGGAAGCAUCCUUUCUUCUUGAAUAACAAACUGAGACAUAAACUGCAGGAAUUAAUCAACAACUGUCAGAGCUGGCAGACAGGCACUGUGAAAGAGAUUUACUUGAAGGAGUUGAUGCAUCUAAGCCCUGGGUAUUUCACUGAAACAUAUGAUGCAUUCAUGGAGAUAGACGGAGAAGAAGUGAGUGUGAAGCUCAAGAUCUGCCAUGUCGACCAAAGCCAGCCUGGAGUCAAAUAUCUUCAGUCAAAGAAGUCUCAAUGGAGACAUAUUUGUGAGAUAGAAGAGCUUUGCUAUGUAUCUGUGAAAGCAGACUUCACCUUGGAACUCUCCCGUACUAUUGGAACACCCAGUUAUCUUCGCUUCAAUUCUGACAAUGAGAUGCGAUCUUUCAUCAGUUGCAUUGAUGGCUACUACAGGCUUUCCCGGAAGUUUAUAUUCAAUCUUUGUCGUGAGAUGCCCACCCCUGCUCUCAUGAGGCUGAAGAAACUCAAGUCUCAUGGACCUGUUGGAAGUGCAUUUGCAUCCCGAAAGCUGAAGGAAAAGAAAGAUUGGAAGAUGGGCUCUUUCCUCAUCAGACAAUGUGAAUUCAGUUAUAAUGUUUUCUGGCUGGAUGUCAACAUUCGUGAUGGGGGGAAGCCGAGUCACAUUCGGAUCCAGAGACGCUUUGUUGAUGCCAAUGGAGAAGAAGAGUUUUGCCUGCCUUCGAUAAGAUCCCGGAAUGUCGAAUCAGAGCAAGAGUGGUUCAGGAGUCUUAGUGAACUCUUGUCAUGUGUAACUGCCAAGGGCUGGCUUCCUCUUAAGGACCUUGUCUAUCCUUCUGAUUAUGAUAGGAGUGAAGUCCUCCUGCUGUGUGAAAGAAGCAAAGGUAAAAUGAACAACACUGAAGAAAUACCCAGUCAUAAAAUGCCUCUCAUCAUCAAGGAUAACAUGCUCUCCUUCUCUGAGGGUGAGAAGAGAGGACACUUCACCCUUGUACGACAUGCCAAGUGGCAAAAGACAAAAAACCUAGUUGCAGAGGUGGCUGUGAAGUCUUUGAAGAAGGAAUUUUCCCUGACAUAUUGGAAAACCUUCCUGGAUUCCUGCAAUCGGAGCCUAUUUUGGGAGAGUGACUGCUUGGUGGAAUGCAUGGGGAUGUGUCUCACAUCUCCACAUCUCCUUGUCAUGCCCUGGUUCUCAUUGGGGCGCCUGGAUCUCUAUCUUCGCUCUCACCGCCAAUCCAUCUUGCCUGUUGACCUUAUUGAAGCUGCUACUUACCUUGCCAGGGCACUCUGGUAUCUGAGUGAUUGUGGAUUGGUGCAUGGGAAGAUUCGCUGCCAUAAUGUACUUGUAGCAAGUCAUGGCAACAAUGAGUUCAAAGUGAAACUUGCUGAUCCAGGGCCACUCAUCUAUCUUCAACAUGAACUGCCAUGGAUUCCUUUGGAGCUACAUGACUCUAUGCAUGAGGCCCGGAAAAGCCGACCAGCAGAUGUUUGGGCCCUAGGGACUACUUUGUGGGAAUUGUUCUCAUAUGGCCAGCAGCCAUUUGCUGGGAGGUCCCUUGUGGAAAUGCAGGAGCAUUACAAAACUCAUGUCUAUCUAGAUAAGCCAGAGUCAUGUAUGCUAGAAGAGUUCUGGGAAGUCUAUGAAACCAUGAAGGGAUGCUGGCAUCGGGAGCAGUCUGGACGAAUUGAACCUCAAACUCUCAUGAGGGAUCUUCAUCUUGUGAUGUAUUUUGAAGAUCAAGGGGAUGUGGAAGAGAAGUCAAAGGUAGAUGAACAUGACCUACUGGGUGACAGAGAUAUCAGUUGGAAACUGUCACCCCUUCAAGUUGAGCUAGGGAGGGAAAGACUUGGCCAGGGCUUUUAUGGUGAAGUUUGGAAAGGAACAUUGGUGCAAGACGAUGGGCUCACCCGGAUCCCAGUUGCUAUUAAGAAACUGAAGCAUCAGAGUCUCCACCAUCCAAAUGUGGUAGAGAUCAAGGGAAUGGUAGAGGAGCCCCUUCAACUUGUGAUGGAAUUCAUUCCAAUGGGAUCUCUCUCCCGGUAUCUUCACUGCCACAAGCAUAGGCUAACACCCACACUUAUUCUCCGGUUUGCACUGAACAUUGCUCAGAUGGGUUUGGAUGGAGCUAAACCAGGAAACCUAAGUAAAGCAGGUGUGAAAGUGGGUACUGUGCUGGGAAAUGUAUUCAUGAAACAUGUUGGAAGUGAAAUGGCGACUCCAAAAGAGAAGGCGAGUAAGGCUGAACCUCAGAAGGAGGAAGUUGGACAAGUGAUAGAGAGUGUGAUCGGUAUCUCUGCACUGACAUGCGAGCGAGAAUACAUGGCAAAACCUUUACCCCUGCAGACAGGAGUCUGCAAGGGGAGAGAGGAAGGAAAGGAGGAAGAGGCUCAAGGACACGGAGGAAGGAAGCUAGUCUAA